AUGGAUAACAGCUCUCUCUUUGAUGUCAAAGGCAAGAUAGUCCUCGUUACAGGCGGAGCGAAAGGUAUCGGCCGCAUGAUCAGCGAGGGUUUCGUUCAGAAUGGCGCUACAGUAUACAUAUCGUCCCGCGAUGCGAAAGCCUGCGAGCAAGCGUGCAAGGAGUUGAAUGCGCUCGGCAAAGGCAAGGCCGAUUACAUCGCAGCAGAUCUUUACAACGAAGAUGCCGCUAAGAACAUCGCCGAAGAAUUGAAAAAGCGGGCAGGAAAGCUCGACGUCAUCGUCAACAACAGCGGUAGCAACUGGGGCGAAUCCUACGACAAGUACCCCGCCGCAGCCUGGGACCGCGUCCUCAACCUCAACCUAAAACGCGUCUUCCAACUCACGCAAGCCGUCACACCCCUUCUCGAAGCAGCUUCUACCCCAAGCUCUCCAGCACGCAUCAUCAACAUCGGCAGCGUGGACGGUCUGCGCGUUCCCGCACUCGAGACGUUCGCCUACUCCGCUUCCAAAGCUGGUCUCCACCAUAUGAGCAGAGUACUGGCGAGUCACUUGGGCAAGCGUGGCAUCACGAGCAACACCAUUGCCUGUGGCCCGUUCCAAAGCAAGAUGAUGAAGGCUACGUUAGAAAAGUUCAAGGACGUUAUUGAGAGCGGGAUACCGUUGGGACGAAUUGGUAGCCCGGAGGAUGUUGCGGGCACAUGCAUUUGGCUUUCGAGUCGGGCAGGUUCUUAUGUCAAUGGCGCUACUAUUGCGCUAGACGGCGGCAGUGUUGUUGGAGCCAAGCUCUGA